UGUUUAGUCGUGAGCGUCUUGAAAUUGAUUUCAGUUUCUGCUGCUUCAUUUGAAUUAUUGAAAUCUGAAACUCUCAUCUUGGAUUAGUUGCUUGUUGGCUUUGUAAGCGAUCGUUCGUCUACCUAGCUGGAGUAAAAUAUUUUAAUGACUGAACUGAAAAGACCAAUUCUCUUCUACGAUGAUCGUAGUCCGCCUGUGCGUAGUUGUUUGAUGCUUAUCAAAAUGCUAAAUAUUGAUGUGGAAUUGCGAUUUGUUGAUCUCUUUAAAGGCGCUCAAUUCGACAAAGACUUCUUAGCGCUGAAUCCCCAGCACAGUGUACCUACGCUAGUCGAUAAUGAUCUGAUAUUAACUGAUAGUCAUGUAAUAAUGAUUCAUCUGGCCGAGCAGUAUGACAAGGCAGAAACAUUGUGGCCCAAGGCCUAUAAACAGCGUAUUCAAGUUCUAAAUCGUCUGUUCUUUGAAUGUUCUUUUCUAUUUCGUCGUGAUAGUGAUUUAAUGUCAGAGAUAAUGAGAAAGGGUCUUGAUCAAGUCGAUGUAGCGUAUCAUGAACGCAAAUUGAAAGAAGCUUAUCAGGCCAUGGAACAUUAUUUAGAGAAACAAUCUAAUAUGGCAGGGGAUCAGCUAACACUCGCCGACAUUUCCAUGGUGACCACAUUGAGCACCGUAUCUGAGCUCAUGUUUCCUGUGUUGGCAUCGCAGUGGUCGCAUUUGCAUUGUUGGUUUGCCACAAUGCAGCAAUUGGAUGCCUAUCAAGUGAAUCGCUUGGGUCUAUCGAAAUUGCGACACACAAUGCAGCAAACUGGACAUUUUCUGUUCCCCCAACAAGAAGAUUAAUACAAUAAAAGAUUCAAUUUCAGAUGGAA